CAAGCGUGAGCCACCGCGCCCGGCCAUCUGCGAUAGUUUUUCAUGGAUGCUUCUAGUAGUUUUUUGGAGGGAUGGUGUGUUAGGAACAAACUGCCCCAAAAAGCUUCUUGGUACUGCCGAUACUUCCCCCCAAACCUCUCCGUGCUGCCCACCCCUCCCCCUAAUGCUCUGCAACUCUUCUCCUUCCCCCAGGCCUCUUUACACUUCUAAGUCCUUACGAAGCCAGCAGACUUCACUUAUCAGACCUUGCUGCAAUAAACAAACCCCAAUUACAAAUCAUCUGGACCGCACAGGGGGAGGUGAUGGGAAGCAUAAACAAACUUUACCUACACCCUCCUGUAAUACACGUCACAAGCAGGCGCUCAAUCUUUGUGGUCCCAGAGAGAGCACGGAGAUGACAGCGUAUAUGCAUUUUGGUGCUGACGUGGACCUGGAGUGUGGACAGAGGAGUUACCAAGAAGAAUCCCAGAGACCAGGAUGUAAACUCUCAAUUCUAAUCAACACAGGUGUGGGCUCCGGGUCUGAGACACCAUUCAUCUCACACGAGGUAUGGCGAUAUCCGACACCACCCAGUACAACAGCUCUCUCUCCACCUGAAACCCGGACCCAGCUUGAUUCGCGGGUACCGGAUGAUGACGUAUCCUUGCACCUCGCGAUGAUUGGUUGGCGUAGAGGGGCGUCGUCCGUCAACGCAACUCGGAACCCCGACCUAUGUUAUCGCGAGAGUUAG